CCCGGGGGGGGGGGCAAAGCUCCCGGCGGCUCGGCCCCGACACCGCCCCGCGGGAUGUGCGGCCGUGCCCCGCGGGGGCAGCGCGGCGGCGGAGCGCAGGUCUUAAUGAAAUUGCAAUAAAAGAAACAGUUGAGACUUCAAUAUGGCUUUCCAUGUGGAGGGACUGGUGGCCAUAGUUGUCUUCUACCUGGCUAUCCUGGCAGUAGGGAUAUGGGCUGCUUGGAAAACCAAGAACACUGGCAGCGAAGGAGACCGCAGCGAAGCUAUUAUAGUCGGUGGAAGAGACAUUGGCUUGCUAGUUGGUGGAUUUACAAUGACCGCCACAUGGGUAGGAGGUGGUUACAUCAAUGGAACAGCAGAAGCUGUGUAUGUUCCAGACUACGGUCUAGCUUGGGCUCAGGCACCUAUUGGGUAUUCCCUUAGCCUGAUUUUAGGUGGCCUUUUUUUUGCAAAACCCAUGCGAUCCAAAGGCUAUGUGACAAUGCUAGACCCUUUUCAGCAGCUUUAUGGAAAAAGGAUGGGAGGACUACUGUUUAUUCCAGCUUUAAUGGGAGAAAUGUUUUGGGCUGCUGCCAUCUUCUCUGCCUUAGGUGCAACUAUAAGUGUGAUCAUUGACAUUAACGUCAAUAUUUCAGUUAUUAUUUCUGCCCUGAUUGCAACUAUGUACACACUUGUGGGUGGGCUUUAUUCUGUGGCUUACACCGAUGUAGUUCAGCUCUUCUGCAUCUUCCUGGGACUGUGGAUCAGUGUCCCCUUUGCGAUGUCCCAUCCUGCAGUAACAGACAUUGGGCUCACAGCUGUGCACCAGGUGUACCAAGCACCUUGGCUUGGAUCUAUCAACUCACUUGACAUUUACACAUGGUUGGACAAUUUCUUUUUACUGACAUUAGGAGGAAUACCAUGGCAAGCAUAUUUCCAGCGAGUUCUUUCCUCAUCUUCUGCCACAUAUGCUCAAGUUCUGUCAUUCCUGGCUGCUUUUGGCUGUCUUGUGAUGGCUAUUCCUGCAGUACUCAUUGGUGCAAUUGGAGCAUCUACAGCUUGGAACCAGACUGAUUAUGGUGUCCCUGACCCCAAGAGUAAAAAAGAAGCAGAUAUGAUUUUACCGAUCGUGCUGCAGUACCUUUGCCCAGUCUAUAUCUCAUUCUUUGGCCUCGGCGCUGUAUCUGCUGCAGUGAUGUCCUCAGCUGAUUCUUCAAUUUUAUCAGCAAGUUCUAUGUUUGCUCGGAACAUUUACCAGCUUUCCUUUCGGCAAAAUGCUUCAGACAGGGAAAUUGUGUGGGUCAUGAGAAUCACUGUUCUUCUGUUUGGAGCAUCAGCAACAGCAAUGGCACUGCUGGCUUCAUCAGUGUACGGCCUGUGGUACCUCAGCUCUGACCUCGUAUAUAUCAUCAUAUUCCCCCAGCUCCUGUGUGUGUUAUUUAUUAAAGGAACCAACACCUAUGGUGCCAUUGCAGGAUACUUAUUUGGCCUUGUUCUCAGAAUAACUGGAGGAGAACCGUACCUCUACCUUCAGCCCUUGAUCUACUAUCCUGGCUGGUAUCAAGAUGAUAAUAAUAUCUAUGUCCAGCGAUUCCCAUUUAAAACACUUGCUAUGCUCACCUCCUUCGUUACUAAUGUUAUAGUCUCUUACUUAGCCAAAUACUUAUUUGAAAGUGGGACUUUGCCACCAAAGCUGGACUUCCUUGAUGCUGUUGUUGCCAGGUACAGUAGAGAACACAUGGACAAAGCGACUCUUGUAAAAAGUGACAAUAUUGUACUAAAUGAACUUGCACCUGUGAAUCCACGACACAGUCUAACUUUGAGCUCAACUUUCACAAACAAGGAAGCCUUCAACUACGUUGAUUCGAGUCCAGAGCUGUCCAACACUGAAGAUAAUUAAAAAAAUCUGGUAGCCACAGGCAAAAUAACGAGAAACAGGAUAUUCUACAAAGAAUAGUAAGAGGCAUUUUAUCAGAAGAAAAGGAAGAAUUGGGAAUAAAAUACCACUGCACAUUCAAGUUGUUUCUAGGAGCAGGAGCAUGAGAGAAACUCUUUUCUGUUAUUAUCUAACAUGUUGGAUUAGUUCAUAGAGCUUUUACAAAAAUAUACACUCAGAUCCCAUUCUUUGCACCCUGAACUAUAUACUGUGCAAUUAAAAAAAUAUUUACAAUUGAAAAUACAUGUAGCAGAAAAUGUGCAACAGCUAUUUAGCUAGGAUAUCAUAUUAAGAGAUUAGAAUACAGUCACUCUGAAAUAUUAUCAGUCAUCAUUUUAUUGGUAUUAAGUGAAAAUAUAUUGUCACAGCUGGAAGUGAUUUAUCACUAAAGAGCUAGUUGCUUGAGCAAAGACAGAUAGAUAACGUCCCUGGAGUUUUGGUCUGGUCAUUUUUUUUCUCAUAAAGAAAUUUAAAUAACACAAUCUAGUAUUUUAUUAUUUGUAUGAGACAGCAAAAUGCACAAAUAGUAAUAAAUACCUUACGGGACUGCUAAACAUCAUAUAUUAAUUUAAAAAAAGUUAAAAUUAAUUCACCAGUUUAAAAUUCUGUUGCACCUAAUGCAAGACAACCUUAAGCAAAGUGUGUUAAUAUAGGUAUUUGUUUUCUUGUGGUUAGUGGCUGUCUCAAAAAUUCUUAAAGCAAUAAUUGGAGUUGAAAUUCAGCUUGUUAAAAAUUAUUCUUAUAAAAAAACCCUGAUAAACUAGAUAGAAAUUUUCAGUGUUGAGAAAAGAAGUCUUAUCUUGAGUUAUCAUCAAAAUGAACACUGAGUAAAGCACUCUGACACCAAGCAACUGCACCAAUGGAAUAAAUAUUGAAAAGUAAGGAAAGUCAAGAAGUCUUGAAAAGACAUUUUCACAUAUUGAAAAAAGUCUUCUCUAAGUUAUCGAAAAGUCUUUUGGUGUGGUCUUGCUGGGAUUACUCUGGAAAGUGUAGAUUUUCCAUAGAAAAUCACUCUUUCUCAAAAAUUUUUCAAAACACAGGCUUGUUGGACAGCUUUCCACAUCUGUAAGUGUCUGCCUCUGAAAGCAGCUUGGAGAGGAAGUCAGAGGAAAGCUGAAACCACAAGCAUAGCGAAAGUCACAGUGGUGUCUUCCACUAAAUGCUGGACUCCUUCAUUACUGUCUGUGCUCCUGGCCAUCACAGUAAUGCUGCGGAGCAUCACCAGUGGCCGGAUGCUGACAAGACUUCGCUCAUGAAUGGCCAAAGGCAGCAAAGCAGGGAGAUGAGGCCUCUCCUGUCUUUGCCCUGGCUGGCAGGGAACACGCAACAUCGUUUCCAUUUGCCCACGGCCAAGAUGAUUGUGUCUGUCCCCAUUGGUAUGUGCCUUUCACAGUGGGAGCUCUAGUAGCUAGAUUUCUGUACAGUUAAGAGUUAUGCUCCAAUAAUUCUUUUUAAACUCUGCGCAUGACACAAAAUGUUCCAUUGAAAUCCAGACAUCCUCGUGUUGCUGGUCACUGCUGAAAUUUCUUUUUUUAACACUCACAGCACGAGGAGCUAUACUAGAGGGUAGUAGAUGUAAGAAUAGGUUUUGCUGCUAAAGGAAGAAGCCAUCAACUUGUGCGUUCAGUGUUGACAUAAGCUUUCACAAGGCUGAAUUCUUAGGUAUGUUUUUGCUCCUUUUGUGGAGUCUUAACAGCAUAUAUAUAUUUUAUAUGUAGAAAAAAUUAAUUUUAGAUAUGUUGAUUAUUUUUCCUUGCACUGCAUUUAAAAAUAACAUUGCAUCUCAGUUCUGAAUAUGCAUUGUGACCUGCGGUACUACUGUGCUAACAAAUAUUGAGUGUGCUCUGGGUGGAGGGAAUCAAAAUCAGGAUCUGCACUAAAAACCCACAAGAGCCAAUAUAACAAAGAAAUGAAUAAUUCCUGCAAGGUGAGUGAACAAACCGACUACAAAAUUCAGGGUGCUGGGUAUCACAAACCAAACAUAAGCCCAGCAGUAUUCGUUCCCCCAUGAACUACAGCGGAGAGAUGAGAAAAGAGAUUGUAUAGGAAAAAGAGGGGGAGAACAGAGCCACUGCUGAAUUAUUGUCCAUUUCCUACCCAGAUCCUCUAGCCUAAAUCCCUUCUUACAAGAACAUAUCAAGCCACAUCUUUGCCUGCUUACACAGCCAAUGCCUUACGCCGCAGUUCCAAGUUAAGUUAGAGAAUUCCAUUUUACACUCACCUCUAGGUCUUCCUAAAAAAAUAUUCUCUUACCUGAGUUUUGUCCAGGAAUUGCUAGAAUUUAACUAUGAGAAACUACAUAGUGACCAGAUGCUUUGAAUAUUGCAACAUUUUUAUAUUGAGACAUUUUGAUGGAAAAAUAAAAAUCUUUUUCUUUUGUAUUCUCUUGUUGCGAUAAAAAUGUAAAUGUUUCUAUAAUGCUCAAAAAAAGGUAAGUGAAAAAAAUAAAGGUGUUAGUCCAAAAAUUUCAACCCAGAUGCUUUCGACAUUAUUAGAAUAUUUUACAUUUUUAUCCUAUAGAAAAUUUUUUAAAUUGAUGUGGUUUUGCACAAUAUUCCUACCCCGAUGGAACUACGCAUUCCCUGUGUGAAAAAUGGUUCCAAUAAAGUUUUUCAGUACUCUCUGCAGAGACUGAAAAGUUAUUGCACUUUUUCAUAUAGCAUACCAUGGAAGCUUUAUCAUGCAAAGGAGGGAAGUGAUCUGUUUAUCCUGUGACCCUAACUCUGCUUUCCACGUACCAAUUCUGUUUGUGUGUCUUUGUGCAAGUCCAACAAUGCCUGCCAUGGUUGCAGUGGUGGGCUGCACAGUGGAUGGGAUGACUACAAAAGCUAAACUAAAUAGCCCCAUGCAAAGUCUGUUUAUAGGUUUUAUUUGCCUUAGUUCAGCUUUCCUACCAUUAAGUUUGUAUGGAGCUGUUCAUAUAACCAAAGGCUACAUCUGUGAUUGAUAGAUGUGGGUUUAAAAAAAAAAAAAAAGGAACAAAAUA